AUGGGCCAUUACACGGACGGCUCUGUGCUCCGGGAUGGCGCGGCUUCGGCUGCCUGCUUCGCCCCUGAGCUCUCGGCGCAGAGCCAAUGCCGUGUCCUGCACGCGGUGUCCUCCACGCAUGCCGAGCUGGCGGCCAUCGACCUGGCGGCCAAACUGCUAUACCAGCGGCAGGUUGCACGCGCGGCCAUCCUGACCGACUCACGGGCGGCGCUCUGCUUGCUGGCCAGGGAGGACCACGGCCCCACGCUGAUCCAGCGGCUCCACCGUAAGCUGCACGCCGUCUGCGAGCUGGGAUGCGACCUCGUCUUCCAAUGGGUGCCCUCGCACGUUGGAUUGCCCGGGAACGAGGAAGCGGACCGGCUCGCAAAGGAGGCCCACACCUUGCCAGUGCCCCGGUCUCUACUGGUGACGCCUUUCGACGUCGCCCGUCACACCGUUGCUGGCUACCUCCGGUCGCGACACCCUGACCCGCGCGUUGCCGCCGGCAGCCCCCCGAAGUUGCUGCCACGCAGGGGCUUGUGCCGCCGUGAUCGCGCUCUGCUCCUGCGUCUCCGCAUCGGGUGCUGUCGGACGGCUGAGCGCGUGCACCGGUUGUCGGGACUCGGCUCGCCCUACUGCGACAGCUGCUCCGGUGUCGAAUCCUUGGACCAUGUUCUCCUGCAGUGCCCCGCGUACGCAGCGGAGCGUGGCCCUCUUCUUGCCGCCUACCGUCGCCUCGGGAUCCCGUCCGACAGCGCACGGGGGCUCCUGUUUCCUGCGACGCAUCCCUCCAUCGCCAGGCGGGCCUACGCGGCCCUCCUGGAGUAUCUGGAGGAUACAAACCUGUGUCAGCGGCUCUAA